AUGACGAGCGGGAGAUUGAGCCACGCGCGCCACGCACAUGACGAGCGGGAGAUCGAGAUAGGCGCGCCAACCGGCGUGAGCCACGUCACACACGUCACCUUCGACCGCUUCCAGGGCUUCCUCGGCCUCCCGGACGAUUUCCACGGAGAAUUGCCUGCUCGAGCCCCCAGCGCGAGUCGGACUGUGUUUGGGGUGCGGCCAGAGACGCUGCAGUGUUCACACGAUUUGGAGGGCAACCAGGUGCCGGACAUUCUGCUGCAGCUGCAGGCGCUGCUCUACGGCAAGAACGGGCUGCAGACGGAGGGCAUAUUUCGAGUGGCUGCGCAGAACGACCAUGAGGACUGGAUCCGAGAGCAGGUCAACCUGGGUCUUGUGCCGCGCAACAUCGACGUACAUGCCAUUGCAGGCCUCAUCAAGGCAUGGUUCCGCGAGUUACCAGAAGGCUUAUUGGACCGGCUCAAACCGGAGAAAGUAGCGGCGGCGGAGAGGGAGGAGCAGAUGCUGGCGCUGGUGGCCACACUGCCCGCCCUGCAGGCCGGCAUGCUGGACUGGGCGGUGGGGCUCAUGGCGGAUGUGGUGCUGCACGAGGCCAGCAACAAGAUGAACGCGCAUAACAUCGCUGUUGUCUUUGCUCCUAACAUGACCCAGAUUGUCGACCCUCUCAUCGGCUUCCAGCACGUCAUCAAGCUCAUGGACCUGCUCCGAGCGCUCGUGCAGCGCAAGCUCAAGCAGCGGCUCGACAACCCCCCUCCGCCUGCCGCUGCUCUCACGGACCAACCAGCACAGGACGGGGCGGAGGAUGGGGAGAGGGAGGAGGAAAGGGAGGAGGAGGGGCAGGUGCAGAGCGGUUCAGGCAACCCUGGUAGCUUUCUGGGGAAUGGUUUACAGCAUGAAGAGAACAGGGAGCAUGAGGAGGAAAGGGAGGAGGAGGAGGAAAGAGGGGAGGUAGAGGAGGGGCUGUAUUCAGAUGAGUGUACAACCCCUCUGCCUGAGGACGACCCCCACACGCCCAUUGCCAGACCUCUUGUUCCCGAGCCUCUCCUUGCCGAGCCUCUCAUUCCCGGACCUCGUGGCGAGCCUCCUGCCAAUGUGUCUCGCUCUGCUAGCUCUGACGCGACUGUUGGAGCUGGCACCACUAGCAGUGACGUGACACCCACCCUUUCCUCCACCAGUGGUGGCCUCACACCCACCGCUCCCCUCACGCCCACGCCUCCCCUCACUCCCACGCCUCCCUCCCGUCCGCUCAAAGACCCUGCCUCCCAUUCCUCGUCCCCCCUGCGCUCGCCUCUGCUGGGGCGCAGACGAGGGUACCGGGAAAAGAAGCCAUCCCCGGGGAAGCAGCAGCAGCAAGCAGUGCUGGCGUCGGCAUCAGCACCACCAUCAGCAGCAGCUGGGGCAGCGGGCGAGUGUGCCCCAGCGUUGACCCCCCGGUCAGGGUUUGGUGCUGUUCCCCCAGGCACACCCCCUUCGGAGCCCCAUCAAAACCCUGCUGUGACUCCCCGGUCGUUCCUCUCCCGGCAGUUCCCAGGAGGGUCGGGGUUUGGUGCCGUUCCCGGCACGCCUCCGCCUCAUUCCCCCCGCCUCUUCCCCCUCUCGCCGCGGAAUUUCUUUAGAAAACACAAGGACCUAGGAGCCGCGGGGGGGAACAUUGAAGAGGGGGCGUUUCCGGAGACAGGUGGUGUGGUUGGUGGAGAUGGGGAGGGAAGGGUGUGUGCUGUUUCCCAAGCUUGUUCUAUCCCUCAAGUUGGUGCUGUUUCUCAAGCUGGUUCUGCCCCUCGCGUGUCCGUGGAUGUGGUGACUCACGGCAUGGCCUCUCCGACUGCAGCACUCGGGUCAAGCUCUGGGGCAGGAGGAGGGGAAAGAGGAGGAGGAGGAGCAGGAGGAGGAGGAGGAGGAGGAGGAGGAGGAGGAGGAGAGGAGGAGGAGGAGGAGGAGGAGGAGGAGGAGGAGGAGGAGGAGGAGGAGGAGGAGGAGGAGGAGGAGGAGGAGGAGGAGGAGGAGGAGGAGGAGGAGGAGGAGGAGGAGGAGGAGGAGGAGGAGGAGGAGCAGGAGGAGGAGGAGGAGCAGGAGGAGGAGGAGGAGCAGGAGGAGGAGGAGGAGCAGGAGGAGGAGGAGGAGCAGGAGGAGGAGGAGGAGGAGGAGGAGUGGGAAGGGUGA